GCCGUUGUCAGUUGGCCCACAGGCGAGGCUGGUUGCCUAGGUGACAACGAAUCGCAGUAACGCUCAGCUCCUUCAGGCCGGUGCCCUGGUUCUUGGGUUUGACUCCUAGGGUGACAUCCUAAGACUUGCAGAUCCACCGAGGGUCUGGAAUACUGAGGUCAGCUGGACAUUUUUAUCACCAGAAUUCCAAAGGCACUGGUGGACAGCAUAAAGCAGAUAAAAUUAAAGAGGGACACAGAGUGUACUCACACAUUGCCAAGCUGCAGGAGUUAUGGGAAACUACUCAAGUCCAAACAAUUCAAAUCCCUAAGUCAAUGGCAGAUUCAUCUUUUCUAAAGCAUCCAGAACUCACUGCAGGGCAGAAGCGCUACCUGUGCAGCAUUGCUAAGAUCUGUAACUCCGGCUACCUGAGGACCUUAAUGAAGAGGCAAUACAUGCACGUGCUUCAUCAGGGCUCACAAAAGCCAGGUGCCCUCACUCAUCACAGGAGCCAUAUCAGCUCUCACUACUCACAGAAACAGCAUUCCCCCUGCACUACAUGGCGACACCAUCUGGAGAGAGAGGAAUCUUUGAGCAUUGCGGCUGCAACACCUGAAAUGAUCAUCCAUUCCCUGUGGAGACCACUGAGACACAAGGAAGGGUUAAAAAUUGGAUACGCAUCAAAAACAAGAUGUAAGUCACUGAAGACAUUUAGAAGACAAGGCAGACUGCUUUUGCUACCAGUUUCUUUAGAUGAUUCUCAACCAUGCAUGAGUGAAGAAACAAAGGAGGAAGAGCUACUGAAUAAGUGCAUGCAGUCCAUGUCUAUUCAAGAGCCGGGAACAUCUCAGGUCAACCUGACAGCCUCCAUACCAAGUUCAGCCAUCAGUUAACAUCCAGAUGCUGAACCAGAGGUGGACAGCAAGAGUUGUGAGCCAUGUAUGUGAUAGUGCUAGUCACCAGUAUGUCAUUUGGGUUGUUGAGACAUUUACAGUAUCCUUCUUCAUCCAAUAUGUUUCUGUGUACCAAUGAUUUAUGUGUAAUGUAUGCUUGUUUCUAGCUAGAACAAUUAAAAUUUUACUUGCCACAUAAAACUGAAUUUUUAAAAAUUUA